GUUGGGCGCGCUUGCGCAGUGCGGCUCCUCAGCAGCUUCUAUUGUGGAGCUUUCGGGCGUCGUGUGUUGUUGUGCGGGCCGGCGGUCCAUGAGGGUAUUGUGCGGGCCCCCGGUGGACGGAGGCGAGGCGGUCGUGUGAAGGAUGUGUGUGAAGACUUAGUGCGGCGCUGCGCUCCCGGUUUACCUCAGCAGCCGCCUCUCUCCGUUCGCUUCACCUUCACGGAGAGGGCCCCCCUUACCUUUCCCCCCCCCCUCCCUCCUUCCCUUCCCCGCCGCCGGCCAUGGAGCCGACCUUUCCCCCCAGCAUGCUGAUGUUCAGCCACCUCCCGCCGGUCACUUCCUUCGCCCGCCUGGGCUCCGACCUACUACCCCCUCCUCCGCCUCCCCCCAUCCUACCGAGCUCCGGAGACAUGAUCCUGAAGAAGGAGCCCGGAUCCCCACCGAACCACGACUUCCUGCACGGCCUGGGCGCCAUCAAACAGGAGAAGAUCGGGGAGCACGACCCCUACCACUACUACGGGGACAGGCCGGCCGAGAUCCUGGAGGUGACGGUGGGGGGCCCCGGGCUCAUCCCAGAGCUGGGCUUCAACAGAGAGCUGUUCUUAAGAACUGAAAGAAAUGGCUUCGAUCCAAAACAAACUCACUCCAUGAAGAAGGCCAGGCGUCCAAGCUCAGAAGCUCAGGAAGCAAAAUCCAGACGCAGGCGGAACGACUCCUCGAAAUCAUUAGGUUGUGAUGGUGAAGCUGCUAAUAUGUCUCCAAAUCAGAAACCUCAUAUAUGUGAACAUUGCAGUGCUGCUUUUAGGAGUUCCUAUCAUCUACGCAGGCAUGUGCUGAUACACACAGGUGAAAGGCCAUUUCAGUGCAGUCAAUGCAAUAUGAGCUUCAUUCAGAAGUAUUUGCUACAACGACAUGAAAAGAUACACAGUGGUGAAAAACCUUUUAAUUGUGAUCAGUGCAACAUGAAGUUUAUCCAGAAGUAUCACAUGGAGAGACACAAGAGGACUCAUAGUGGGGAAAAGCCAUAUAAGUGUGACACUUGUCUGCAGUACUUUUCAAGAACAGAUAGGUUGUUGAAGCACAAAAGGACAUGUGGUGAAUCUAUAAACAAAGGACCCUUGGAUCCUGGGUCAUCAAACCCAAAUAUGGAUCAUUUAUCUGGUAACUUUGAUUUAUCUCAGGGAAGUUCAAAUUUUUCUGGUCGGAAAAAAGCAAAGUCUAGAAAUGGUUCCUCACACAAGGACCUUAAACCAGGCAGCAAGAUGAGUGAGUCACACCUGGCUUCUGGCAUUGACAUUCAAGCUUAUGCAGUCAACGUUCCAAAUGUGUCUUCCGGUAAUGGCCCAUCCAACACUGGUUUGGAUGAUCUGGACACCAAGGUGCCAAAAUUGGUGUUUAAGAAGGCAGGCCGGAAGCCAGCAGAAAAGAAUGACCUCUCCAUGGGUUCCCAAUCGGCAAACAUGGCCAUGCAUAAACUUUCAGAAAAAGCAAAUGGUCCUCUUGAUAUGGGGAGCGCUACCAAUGUAGACACCAUGAAUCUUCUUCACACGUCAGGUAACAAAGUUUCUCACAGUAGCAAUUAUGACGAUGCAAUGCAGUUCCUGAAGAAAAGAAGAUAUCUACAGUCCACUGGCAGCAACAAUGCCUAUGCUGUGAAUGUAGGGCAUAUGGGGUCACAACAGUCUGUCAUUCAGUCUGCAGUUUCCAGUGUUAUGGAAGGGGACGGCCCACUAGCUCUUAUUGAUUCCCAUGCCUUGAAUGUCGAAAUAAAGAACUGUCACGACAAAUCCGUCAUUCCUGAUGAGGUGCUUCAGAGUAUCUUGGAUCACUACACUCAUAAAUCGGUUGGGCACCCUGAUGUGACAUUCAGCAUAGGCGAACAUGUAGAACUGCAAACGGCAAAUGAGAAUGAUUUGGUUCAGGAGGAAAACGUCUGCUCAGAUUCUCAGUCUACACCAAUUGAUAAGGCCAGUAUGUUUCAGGAGUAUUCAAAGUACCUUCAGCAAGCUUUGGAAAGAACAAGCCAUACGUCGUCAUUCCCUUUGGGUCCAAGUUUACAGUUCGUUAGCCUCUCUUCAUCUCUACCCAGUCCUUCUCUCUUUUCGGACAAACAUGUAUACACUACAUCUUCUCUUGACUGUGGCUUUAGCCAGUCUGUCACAUCAGUAUUGCCAUCCACGCUGCAAAAGUCAAACUUUGGCAUGGUGGUGGGCCCCCAGGCUGGCUUUUCCUUAUCGCUGGAGGCAGCGCAACAGCAUAUGGCGCAGCAGAUGGCACAGCAGCAGAUGGCGUCACAACAGCAGAUGUCGGCGCAACAGCAGCAGCAGCAGCAACAACAGCAACAGCAGCAGCAGCAACAACAACAGCAGCAGCAGCAGCAGCAACAGCAGCAACAACAGCAGCAGCAGCAACAGCAGCAACAACAGCAGCAGCAGCAGCAGAUGACGUCACAACAGCAGAUGUCAGCGCAACAGCAGCAGCAGCAGCAGCAACAACAGCAGCAGCAGAUGACGUCACAACAGCAGAUGUCAGUGCAGCAGCAACAGCAGCAGCAGAUGACAUCACAACAGCAGAUGUCGACGCAGCAGCAGCUAACUCCAUCGCAAGAGUUAGUUGAUCAGAUCGAAUCGCAGAAACAAUUGGAGAACUCCUCCAGCUACCAGAUCUCAUCUCAGGAAUUGAAUGGGCAGAAAGAUCAGCGAAAAAGCCUGAAUGCAUCUCCAGGCUUUCACCUCCAACCUCAGGAUUUGGCCCGUUCCUUAGAACAGCGGAAAGACAUCAGGCCGCAGAUGUGCCAGAUCGAGAACUUUGCACAAGCGUUUGGUUCGUUUAAAUCUGGCAACAGGGUGCCAAUUUCAUAUAACACUAGCACUGAUGGAGUGGAUCACAGGUUGAGGACUUCAACUCCAGAAUUCUCAGGGUACACAACUUUGCUAUCUGAUGUAAAUGAAGCGGGUAGCACACGAGUAAAGACUUCAAAUAGUCAAAGUUUCAGGUGAGGAUUUAAGUUGCCCCCCAACUUUUUGAGGUCUUUUUAAACAUGGUGUAUUUUUUUUUUUUUUUUGGAUAACACUGCCAUCAAAAUGUUUCUACACAAUCGUUAAGAAUUAUGUAAUCUAUGCCCUGUCAAUGCAAUUUUUUUUUUCUUUUUACUCUAAAGUGUUGUGAUAGUUCAGAUUGUACCUAAUUUUUAAACUGAAAUUAGUUAGUUGGGGGGGAGGGUGCGGGAACAGGGUAGCCAAACAUAAUUUGUGAGAUCACGGCUCAGCAGUCAGUUUGAUUUCUUGAUUAUAAAAUCCAGAAGGACAAAAGAAAGAUGCCCAUUGUAACAAUUUCUGAAAAUACAGUUAACUGUUUUAAAAAAAAAAAAAAAAGUUUUUUUUUGGACUCAGGAAUGAAAUUUUGAGCUGAAGGCACAUAAAUAUAUGAAGAUUUACUUUUUAAACCAUGACAUAUUGUGUUCACUCGUCCCAGCGACAUAUUGUCUUCAACGUAGGUCACGUCUGUAGCCUGUAUUCCGUCAUAUAUUUAAUAUUCUUGGCAAUAGCUUUAAAUUAACAAACUUAAAAUUUACUAUCAAUUUUUGACAAAUUUAUGUAUGUACAGUGUUCUUUUUAUUUUUAUUUUUUUUUCCUUUUGAUAUACCUCAUUUUUACUGUUCAUGCAGCAUUCAGGAACAUGUAUUUUGCAAUAUCUUUCAAAAAUAAUAAAAAGAAAGUUGUGUUCAAAUGAUUUUAUAGGGGUGUGUAGACAGCAGUGCCGUUGACUGGUAUACGUGCCGUUUUUCUGUUCUCUAAAAUUCUAUUGCCUAUGUAAAGGACAAACGUAUUAUUGGCUCAGUCGUAUAGCAAUGAUCAUACAUGUAUACCUUUUCUGAGGAUGGAUUCUUCCAUGUGUAAACGGUGUUAAAUGAGCCCCAGUGGUUGGCAAAUUCCCACAAAAUGUUAAAAUUUUAAUUAAAAAAAAGUAUCAAUAGUUAUUACUGUAGAUUGCUAUCCUAAUUGGGCUCAGUCCCAAUUUUAUUAUGGGUCUUGUAUUCAGACCUUCUGACCCCCCAUAUUUAUUGUUCAACUUCCUUCUAUUAAGUCAUCACUGCAUAUACUGUACAGUGAUCCCGGAAAAAAAUGUAUCUGUUGGGGCCUGUGGCCGACCGGUUUUGGGUUUGUGUUGGUUGCAUCUAUUUGGCAUCAGUUUGAGGAACUUUUCAGCUCAUUCACAACUGAUUGACUGUUGCAUUUUGACCUGUGGUUGGUCUACUUUUGUUUUCUAUAGACUUGUAUGGGAAUACUAAAUAUGCCAGAUGCAAACCAAACCCCCUGGACACAGGUCCUUAGUAAUUUUUCUGCAGCAAUUGCAAGGCAAUAAAAAGUGUAUUUAUUUUGAUGCUGACCCAUGAAACCUGACAGGUGUAUUUUCUGAAAUGGUUGACCGUUGAGCAAUGCAUCCCUACAAGGAACAGAACUAGGUACACACUGAACGCAUGAUUAGGUCUACAUGCAUAACGCCUAAGGAUUCGUUCUGAUGGUGCUGGCAGGGCUCCCCCAAAAAAAUAAAAUGUUCAGCUAUGAAUGAUCAGUACCGUUCACUCGUGUUCAUUCGGAAGAAGGAAGGGGUUGGUAAAUAUAUUUACCGGACCCUACCCCCCCACUCUCCAUCCUAAAAGUGGAACUACACUGCAUCUGAGCCCCACAAACCAAAAGCACCAUUUUAAUUAAUUUCCCCCCAUCCACCCAUGUCUCCAUGCUUUUAUUUAGCUGAGAAUUCACUUUGAAAGACAUCCCCUACCAUUGGCCAUCUUGCAUAAAGGCAGAUGAUUCAUGUAGCAUUUACUUCCUGGAAUCUAUCUGCCCUUGGCUCAUUCAUGCAUACAGAAGGGUGUGCUUGAAAAACCUUCUCUCCGCCUGAAGACUCCUGGGAUGUGUGAAAUGAUUUGCCUAUGCAUGGAAACCAGGUAGUAACUGAAGACAUAAUAAAAAAAGUUUAAAACAAGUAGAUAUAAUAUACCUUCCUAUUUACUAAUGCUAGUAGCAUAAAUAUUAAAAAUAGUCAAUGUUGAUUUUUAGAGCGUGAAGUUCUAUUUGAAGGAUCCUAUCGUGUGCUUGCAGCUGCCGACAGGAAGGAGAGAAGGGGAGCCGGAAGCAUCGCAGGGGUGAAGGGGCACACGGGGCCAGGAAAGCAGGGGGAAACAUAUGGUUUACAGGGAGGGUAAUCGUGGCAAAGGAGGCAAUUGCUGGAACCAAUCCCCUGUAUGGCUCUCUGCAGCAGCUGAAAGCUGGAGGGAGGGCAAGGAGAAGUGGCCAGCUUUCAGCUGCUGCAGAGGGAGUCAUUCAGGGGAUUGGUUCUAGUAAUUCCCUCCCUGCCAACAUCAGAUUCACCCUGCUGUCCUGGGCCCUCUAUAGGAGGACCAGUGGUGUGUGCAUGCAGCCUAUGGAGGAGGAUGCAGCGGCUGUAUGAACACCAUGCAUGUCAAAAUUGACAGCUGUGCAGGUGCGUCUGUCACCUCUGAACAAAACUGAAAAUAUUACUGACACUCCUUGAAGCCUCAUACUGAAUAGAACAUUUGGUGAGGAUUUUUUUAAGUUCGAAAGAAGCUUGACUCUGUGCCGAUCCACUGGCUUCAACUCUUAAGUAGCAAACCAGGAGCAAGUAUGCAGACUAGUAGAUGACCUCCUCUGCCUUUUAUUGCAUGCAUGCACUGGGGUAGCUACUUAACAUUUUGAAGCCAGCGACUUCAGAACUGUUAGCAGUGCUAGUUUCUUCAGGUUUCCUUUAUAAGACAACUCCCUAGAAAGCAGGAUGAUUAUAUAAAGGACCACUGACAAAUAUUUACUGUACAAUGGUGUCAAAAAUGCUCUCGCACCCGACUCGGCAAAUGUUUUAAUGUAACGGGCUGAGCUGCAAGGUGUUUUUUUUUUUU